UUUCCAUGUGUUACACCCUUGAAGGUAGGCUCUCCACCCCCCCUCCUAUUUAAAACCCUCCCUAGAAAUAUUAUUUCAACUAUUUCAUUCAAAUCCAAGAUUCAGAUCUAGAGAGAGGAGAGAGAACAAUGCCAAGUUUGGAGGUCUCAAUGAAGGAGAAAAUGGAGCCAUUUCCAAUGGCAAGGGUAUUAUCGUCCAAAGAAAAUAAUGAAACAGGGGAAACUUCUUUUAGGGUAUAUUACGGUGCAACUGGUGCAGCAGUACCUUUCAUGUGGGAGUCACAACCAGGUACCCCCAAACACCCAAUAUUUGACAAAAAUGUCAAUUUUGUCCCUCCCCUUACUCCCCCACCUUCUUACUGUUAUAGGGACGAUCCAUGUAAGAAAACCCGAAAACACAAAAUCAUUUUCCGUGCUUUUGUUUCCUCGAUUACUUUUACUCGUAGUCGUAGUAGUACUACUUCUCGCUCCACCUCUCAUAAUGUGACCCCUACGUCAUCAUCAUCGUCAUCGUGGUCUACCUCGUCCACGAGCUCGACUUCGUCACCUCGAUCACCGCCGCGAAGGAAGUCUCAUAGGAGGAGCUUCUCAUUCUGCUCCGUUAGGGAACCGCUUUUUGGUGAAGAUGAGGCGGAGGAGGAGCAAAAUGCGCGAUCUAUUGGUUCGGUGAUGUGCUUUGGGUUUAAGAAGCAACAACAAGCGCGUGUGCGUUACUCUAUGCAAUAAAAUUAUGGUUUCAAGUUUGGGAGAUUAUGAAAUGUUUGUACAUCAUAAUAUUGGGUGUUUUUUACUUUUAAUUUACUCCAUUAGUUUUGAUAAUUAGCUUAGCUUGUUUUUUGGGCUAAGUUUUUAAUUAGCAAAGGGGUUUUUUGGGUAGUUUUCUUGCUACCAUACCCUUUUUUUUUCUCAAAAUUGUGGAAUGUAUUACUCUAAAUGUUGCUCAUUAACAAGUGAUAUGUUAAUGAAUGUUGUGUUAUACUGGAUCA